UUUAUGCUUUUCCAACCAAAGAAUCUAGGUAACUCUAACACAAAAAAAAAAAAUGCAGAAUCAAUUUAAUCCAUAAACACCGAAAAAAGAGAGAACAGUAUCUCUCUCUCCCUUCUCCAUAAACCUGAACGCAUUUACUUCUCUUCAUUCAUUCAAUCAAAUCCAUUCCUUCCCCAUUAACAUUCAAUUCAUUUAACCUACACCAAAUUAUCACGUGCCAUUCACGUGCAAUCUCUUAUGUUGUCAAAACAAACAACCAACACACUUAUACUACUUUCAUGCACACAACAACACUCUCUUUCAAAGCUUUCAUUCUUUUAAGCCAUAACGAAAUGUUUAACAACGUCGUCGUUUCGCACACGUUCGCAACUGUUUCUAAAUCACUAACGGAAACGGUUACACCACCGUCACCUCACAGCUCAUCUCCGUUACAGAAUAUAAGUCCCAGCAUUCUCAUCAUUGUUACGGUUCUCGCCGUCACCGUUAUUGUUUCAUUCGCGCUCUGUUUCCUUCUCCGUCAUCUCAACCGUCGAUGUCUCCGUCGUCUCUCCUCCGAUCCCGACGCUUUCCCGCCGCCGGUUGUCAUCAGCGGUCGAACCUCACCGGAAAUAAUACCUCCCUCUGAUUUGAUUGAUUCGCUUCCGCUUUUCACUUUCUCCUCCGUAACUCGCCGUUCAUCCACAGCCGCCGCUGACUGCGCCGUUUGUCUCUCGAAGUUCCACAACAACGAUCUCCUCCGUCUUCUCCCUCGCUGCUGCCAUGCUUUCCACGUCGACUGCAUUGAUACGUGGCUUCGUUCAAAUCUCUCGUGUCCUCUCUGUCGCUCCGCCGUUUUCCCCUCCGAUUCAGACCUCGCUAAAAUUCUCAGAUCACCGUCCUCCGAUAGUUUUCGAAUCGAAAUAGGAAAUGUGAGCCGCCGAGGAACUAUUCCCGACGCCGCCGGUGAUGGAAGGUCGUUUUCCAUGGGAUCAUUCGAUUAUUACGUGGAGGAGCCAUCGGAGGUUUCGUUCACUCAUGAUCACCGGAGAAGUAUCUCCGAUCAUAAGGUCGACAUUCCGACAUCAGAUGAUUCUCCGGCGAUAAACGAAACCGUUGUACUUGCCGGAGAAGUUGGCAGUAGUGGAUUCUGGCUGAAGGAUUACGUGGACAGACUUUCGGCUUCUAUUUCAUCUCGAACGGCGUCGUUUAGAAGUUCUGGAAGGUUCUUUGGUGGAAGUAGUCGCAGAAACGACGUCGUUCAAGUAGCUGUGGAUUAUGAUGACGUGGAAAGUAACAGAAUUGGUGAGGAAAUUACCGAAAUGUUUCGUUGGCUUUCAGGGGUAUGAUUGGUAAAUUAGAUUAACACCUAGGUAAAUGUCUUGGUAUUUUUGAUAUAAUUUUUUUACUAUUUUACAAUAUUUUUCAAACAUAUUUGGCUUCCCUUUUGAUUUUCCUUUUGAGGCUUUAGAAUUAGAACAAAAUUAGUGCAAACGAUGAAUCUGUGUAGAUAGUUACUAUGAGAGACAUAGUAAUUUUUGGUUUAGAUCAUGGAUUUUAAUAGGAAUGCGUAUGAUAAUGUGAUCAUAAUUAGAUAAAAAGAUACAAAUUAUUUCUGGAAUUAUAAUAUUCGAUCUUGUUGGUUAAA